ACACCUGCCCUACCCGCACAAACAAGCGAUUAGCAAAACCUCGAAUUUUACUCUUUCCCCGCCAGCAAUUCAUCGUCACGACACUCCGGCAAGCGACAUCGACAAACAGCCGCCAAGAUGGUGAACAUUCCCAAGACGCGUAUGACCUACUGCAAGGGCAAGGAGUGCCGCAAGCACACCCAGCACAAGGUCACCCAGUACAAGGCCGGCAAGGCCUCGCUGUUCGCGCAGGGAAAGAGACGUUACGACCGAAAGCAGUCCGGUUACGGUGGUCAGACCAAGCCUGUCUUCCACAAGAAGGCUAAGACCACCAAGAAGGUUGUCCUGCGGUUGGAGUGCGUCAAGUGCAAGACCAAGCUUCAGCUCGCUCUGAAGCGCUGCAAGCACUUUGAGUUGGGUGGUGACAAGAAGACCAAGGGUGCCGCCCUCGUUUUCUAAACGCGUUAUGUUUUCGGUCGACCGACUUUCAUGGCUCCUUUCACGGCAUACUACGGAUCAUCAUCAGGCUGGAACAAUGGCGGCGAAGAGGGUUACCAGUUCUCAUUGGCGGAACACUACAUAGGGAACAAAUAAAAGCCCUGACUUGCGAACGGAUACCAAAAACAAAACAAAAAGCAUACAUCCCACAAGCCUUUCCCUCCCAUCACCUCAAACCUGCCAUCUGUUUGGCGCUUGCAAGCGCGCCUGGAAGAGAGACCGAGAAAAAAAAGUGAAAAGAGAAGAUGCGGGAUGCGUUGAGAACUCGACAAACGGGUUGUCCUGAGGGUGUGCUAACUCACACUCGAGGUGGGAUGACCUUGUCCCUGCCGAGCUGCUCUGUCCCAUGCUCCUAAAGCUGUGGUUUCUGGAAGAUAGAUGCAUUGUCCCCCAUGCGGCUCAGCCGGUCAACAACAAUACCUGAGUCACGAAGAAACGUUUUA